GACACCCCCGCCAGCGCCCGGCCCCCCGCGAGCCGAGGGCGCAGGGCUGCCACCCCUAUGAACGGAGAAGGCCGGCGCAGCAGCAGGACUCGCGGCAGCUGGACUCCUCCGCAAGCCCGGGGCGCCUCCUCCUUUCCCACCCUCCGUUCGCCCGGGAAGCAAAAUGCAGCCGCCGCGCUUUGGUUAGGAGGCGCAGGGGCCCGCGCCAUCCGCCGCCCGCCCGGAAUCCGAUCCCCGCGGCGGCUGCGCGUCCCGGCCGCGGCCCCUGGGACCCGCGAGUGAGCGGCGGCGGCUGCCGGACGAGGAGAGGCGGCCGGCCCAGGUUGGCCGGGACCGGGAGGGGACGGCCGGGGCGAGGCGCGGGGCGCGGGGAGGGGCCCCGGCGGAUCGAGAUGGCACCGUCUCUCAUCCAAGCGUGCCGCAGCCUGGCUCUCUCAACAUGGCUGCUUUCCUUUUGUUUCGUGCAUCUGCUCUGCCUGGACUUCACCGUGGCCGAGAAGGAGGAAUGGUACACCGCCUUCGUGAACAUCACCUACGCCGAGCCCGCGCCGGAACCCGGGGCCGGCGGCGCGGAGCUGCGCACCGAGAAGUCCGAGUGCGGGCGCUACGGGGAGCACUCGCCCAAGCAGGACGCCCGCGGGGAGGUGGUCAUGGCCAGCGCGGCGCACGAUCGUCUGGCCUGCGACCCCAGCACCAAGUUCGCCGCGCCGACCCAGGGCAAGAACUGGAUAGCCCUCAUCCCCAAGGGCAACUGCACCUACAGGGAUAAAAUCCGGAACGCGUUUCUGCAGAACGCCUCUGCCGUGGUCAUCUUCAACGUGGGCUCCAACACCAACGAGACCAUCACCAUGCCCCACGCAGGUGUGGAAGACAUUGUGGCCAUAAUGAUUCCUGAGCCCAAAGGGAAGGAGAUAGUAAGCCUGCUGGAAAGGAACAUCACCGUGACGAUGUACAUCACCAUCGGAACCCGGAACUUGCAGAAAUAUGUGAGCCGCACUUCGGUUGUGUUUGUCUCCAUCUCCUUCAUUGUCCUGAUGAUCAUUUCCCUCGCAUGGCUGGUCUUUUAUUAUAUCCAGAGGUUUCGAUAUGCAAAUGCCAGGGACAGGAACCAGCGGCGGCUGGGAGAUGCAGCGAAGAAAGCCAUCAGCAAGCUGCAGAUCAGGACCAUCAAGAAAGGCGACAAGGAGACGGAGCCCGAUUUUGACAACUGUGCAGUGUGUAUUGAAGGGUACAAGCCCAACGACGUGGUUAGGAUCCUGCCCUGCCGGCAUCUUUUCCACAAGUCCUGUGUUGACCCCUGGCUUCUAGACCAUCGUACCUGUCCCAUGUGCAAGAUGAACAUUCUUAAAGCCCUAGGGAUCCCGCCCAAUGCUGACUGCAUGGACGACCUCCCCACCGACUUCGAGGGCUCCCUGGGAGGUCCCCCCACCAACCAGAUCACAGGCGCCAGUGACACAACAGUAAACGAGAGCUCAGUCACAUUGGACCCUGCUGUCCGGACUGUGGGAGCCUUGCAGGUGGUCCAGGACACAGAUCCCAUGCCCCAGGAGGGAGAAGUCAUCUUCACUACUAACAGUGACCAGGAGCCUGCCGUGAGCAGCGAUUCCGACAUCUCGUUGAUUAUGGCCAUGGAAGUGGGGUUAUCUGACGUGGAACUCUCCACUGACCAAGACUGUGAAGAGGUGAAAUCUUGAAAUGGCGAGUGUAGAAAAGAGAGAUAGUAGGACCCAAGGGGACAAAGGGAGGAGUGCGCCACGACUUCAGAUCACCUUGGAACUCCAGCACGCGGUGUUCAAGAUGGUAAUGAAAAGCAAUAUCCAAAGUCUCACUAAUCAGGACGCAGUCCUGCCGUCGCUACAGUAGUCUAUGGCCGUGGCAGCUUGGAAGUUGAAAACUGGGUUUCCCAUCCAUGUUCUCACACACAUGUAUUCCAGCAGCUCCUAGAACAGAGACUGCAGGGAAUUAGUUUUAUUUCAAAUUUUCCAGGUCUCAUUGUUCAUGUUUUGGGGAGACUGUUUGACUUCUUUGUUUGAAUUUUCUUUUAAAGACUGUACAGUUUACAUCUGCUCCUCUGUUUUUCCUCUGGCUCACUCCUGGGUAGAGUUCUGUUUAGAAGCGCCAGUUCCUGCUACGAUCAGUUUGUAUUCCAUCUCUGAGACUUGAGGUUUUAACCUCCCUCUCGGCAUGAAGUGUGCAUGGCUUUGAGAAGUGCCUCUGCACCUUGAAACAGUUCAAGACCAGCUUUCAUUAAGAACCGAAGUUCUUUUAGAUGGACCUUGAAAAUUCGAGAUACCGGAGACCCUAACACUAAAUUCUGAAUCUGCCGAGGCCAUUACUCAUUAUUUUAAGCUACAUCCCGCUGGCUUGGAUUUGCCAGGCUCUGUUAAGGGCUUACCAUGACAUGAGGAGGGAGUUCGGAGAAGCACCCCCGCUCGUAUAGGUCUUGGGGUCUUUGGCUGAAAUUCUGAAUUCACAAGAUCCCUCAAAGGCGGGAACACUGAUCUUCAGGAGCAAUGUCUGGGGCUGCAAGCCUUGACUGAAAACUUAAUACUGUAACAUCUUCUUCCCUUUGAAAGCAGAAGGCCUGGGCACUGGUUCCCCAAGGCUGGAGCAGUCUGUCACCUCCACGUGUGGGUUCCACCGGGGAUAGAGGCUUUAGAAACCAUGCGAUCCUGUUUGAGCCCAGUGGUAAAUACAGUGGAGGUCACAGUCGCACGACUUUUACCUUGGUCCCCACCCUUAAGUUAAACCUCACUAGACCAUGUAGAAGGUUCAAAGGAAUUCUCAGCAGCUCGCUUCUCACACGUCUCACAGGAAGCACUCUCGCUUCCUGAGUGUCCAGAAACCUGGAGUGGGGAAAAAUUGGGAAAAGAAAUAUCCAAUGCAUAUUAACACCCACUUGUGGUUUUAAACUGUUUAUGUUUUUUACUCCUUUUUGUUGUUGUUGUUAUUGUAAUGACGAUAGAAACAUUCUAUUUUCCAGGAGACGAUUUUGUAACACAUUCAAGACUCUCCAGAUGCAGGGGUGACUCAGGCAGUGACCUGCAUCUGGACAGUCAGGUGGGUCACCGUAUCAUCUCUAAAUAGCUGGCGAGUGCCAAGCCACUGCUUGGAUUAACCACGAGAGAGAGCUUUUCUGACUGAGCAGCAUUUGUGUGUCUGCUGAGGGCUUUUCUGCCUCAUUACACUAAUACUCCCUCACACAGAGUUUGGUCCCUGCUGAAACGUGGCUCGUGGGUCAGAGAAAACACUGGUUGCUCUUUUAUCACCUCCUAGAGUGUUUCCCUGAAUGAAAUUGAGUCUCUGAGGAGGAGAAGGUAGGCAGGGAAGAACCAAGAGACCGCUAAAUCAGGGAACUGAAGUCCUCGCUGGGCCACACCCUCUGGAGGCCUCAAUUUCUCCAGCUGUAAAGUGAAGAAUUCAGCAUGAUCGUUUCCAGGGCUCCCUCAAACUUUAGGAUCACAGAUGACCAUUUGCCAGGGAGCAUUUUUGCAGGCAGCAGCAGACGUCAUAGCUGGGGGAGGCAGAGGAAGCCUUUGCAACUUGGCACUCCUGCGUUGCUGACAGUGAAGAUCUAGAUGAUUCCAGUUUUAAAUCCAAGUAGGAGUUGGUUGGUUCUGCCUUGUUUCAAAGCUGCUGUUAGAAUCUGCAGUCUCUAGAUGCCUUCAAAUCCUAGUUCUCGGUGUCGAAUUCUCAAAAGUGUUUCUUUUCUUAGUCAGCUCUGGUCUUCGCCACCUACUUCCCCUUUCACCAGCUCCACCCCCAAACAAAUUUUGGCAUUAAGAAUAACGGAACUAGGAUAAUUUGACAGCAAAGAAAAUAUGAAUUGUAGGUUUUUGUAGAUGGCGAGGGGUCCAGGAGGUUGCUCUGAGGCCUGUGGAUCUGACCCGAAGGAGGUCCCACUUUGAACUCCUUGAGCCUAUUUCCCUUACCAGAGGGUUUUAAAGUUUACUAUGGCCUUGGUAGUCCAAAAAACAUUUUUAAGCAAAAAGUUUCAGUCUUUCCAAAAUAAAAAUGGAAAAAGCCCUUCUCUGUGGCCUUCUUUGCCACCUCCCCUCAAAGAUGAGAGAGAUGCCAUAUGACCUGGAGACCAGUGGAUACACACAAGAGUGUCCAAGAAUGUGUAACCCAGAGUUGCAAACUGUGUGCCCGCACAAAUGUAUAUUACAAGGUCUAUGCCAACACUGUCCACUAGAAAUACAAAGCAAAUCAUAUAUGUAAUUUUAAAUUUUCUACUAGCCACAUUUCAAGAAGUAAAAAGACCCAGGUAACAUAAUUUUAAUAGUAUAUUUUAUUUAACCUCAUACUAUUGUUUCAGCAUGUAAUUGAUAUAAAAAGUGCUAAUGAGAUGUUCUCCACCCUUUCUUUGUGCAAAGUCUUCUAACUUCAUUGGCCCUCUCAACACAUCUCAUUUUGGGCUUGCCGCUCCGUAAGCACUCACUCGCCCCAUGUGUCUAGGAGAUACCCACUAGGGGGCACAGGUCUAGAGCUCCUCCAGCCUUCUGAGGAGAAUCCCUAGUCCUUACAGAAGAGGAAGGCUGCAACUGUAAUUACCUCCAGAAAGAACUAGACACCACCCAAGUCGCCUGAGGACAGGGCCAGGCAUUCAUUUCUCUUGUAAUGAAUAAAGACUCAAGCAGCCCUCUUGGAAAUUUCUGCUUCAACCUUCUUAACCACUGUUGUCCAAUCUCAUCAGUUGUUCUUUGUCUGACUUGUCACCUUUCCAAAAGUCCUGCAAACCCUGUUGAUCUGGUGCUGAAGCAAAAUUAUCCUUACUUCCAUAACAAACCCUUACACUGGUAUGUGGCAACUUAAGGAGCCAGAGAGAACUCUAGACUGAAGUCAUCCAACUUGACCUUAACCUUCUGGCUCUUCUUUAAAGGUCUCUGCCUAGUCCCAAUGUUCCCUAACCACAUAGCUCUCGCUAAAACUCAUGAACUGGGGAGGAAAAGACUUAAGAAAUUAUAUUGAUGUCCAACACAAAAUUUUGUGUGGCCUUACUAAGAAAGAACCUUCGGGGUAUCAGCCUCCCGUUGGUAAAUUACAACCACCUCCAACAGCCAGCAUUCCGCUCAGCAUCAGCAUUGGUCACCACCCCAUGUGGUGGGGAAGAAAAAACAUUUGCAUUGGCUCUGAACAAUUUAAGGUCACUUUUGGGAAUUCCUACCUCCUCCUGUGUGGCUAGUCCUUUGGAAGCACUGAGCCCUGAUUAUUGACAAGUGCAGCAUUUGAGAAGUAAUUCUUCAGGAUUUGAUCACCCCUGCAAGGUUGACUCUGCUCAUCUAGAAAAAGGGAGAGGUAGACCAUCAGGAAAGAAAGAACUGUAAAGUACCAGAGGCAUCUAACUACUUUGACUUCACAUGGUCAUUAGUGCUCAAGACUGGAGGCAGGUCUUGGUCUUUUUUUGUUUUUUAUUUGCUCCUUUGCUUUUUUUUUUUAUCGGUACCGGGGAUCAAACUCAGGGUCGCCUGCUUGCAAGGCAGGUGCUUAUGCCACUGAGCUAAAUCCCCAUUUUUCACUGUGGUGAAGCAUCUGUAGACAGUCUCAGGUCUCAACAGCCAGGAGACUCUUGCCCAUUUCAGUUGCUUGCCUGCCAUCCCCACAGCUGCCACACCUUCAAAACCCCAAGGAUGACAGAUAAACCAACAGAAUGCACUGUGAGUUUUGACUUAGGCAGAAAACUCUCACAGAGCCACUGUCCAUAGAAUACGGCACUGUGACAAAGACAUCUCACUGAAUCAAAACUCAGAAGCUAUGGGCAGGGCAUGGUGGCAUAGUCUAUCAUCCCAGCACUCAGGAGGCUGAGUUGGAAGGAUUGGGGUGAGUUUGUUUGAGACCAGCCUGGGCCAAAUAGUGAGUUCAAGGGGAACCUAAAUCAUAGUGAGACCUUGUCUCCAAAAAAAGGAUGGAUGGAUUUGAAAAGAAAAGAAAACAAGGAAGGAUCUGAGAUACAGAUUCUCUGUGGAGCUAGAGCCCGUCUUCCGUGGUAUUAGGACCACUGAGGCAAUUUUCAAUAGCAUUUUUAUAUUCUCUUACUUGGAUUUCCUUCCUAUACUCUGUUUUUCUUUCUUCAGCUCCCCAUCUCUGUAUCCACACACAUACUUCUCCCAUCUACCCUUCCUCCUCUGUUUUGCUCCUUAUUUUAUUUUGUUAUUUCUUCAUUUUCUUUUCUCACAAGAACCUCUCAACCUUCAGGACAAAACCAAAACUGGUGUUUCCGUAAAUAUAGAAUUACCAUCUUUAUCAUGCUUACUGUUUCACUGAUGUUUUCUCUGUAUUGUGUAGUAAAAACUGUACUUCUGAUGAGGAAAACUGGUUUACCAUCAAGGCAACUUAAAUUCUUUCCCAAGCCAGUCACCUUCAUUUUUACUUUUUUUCCCCCCUAGGUAUUGAGGAUUGAACUCAGGGCCUCUACACUGAGCUCUAUCCCCUCCUCUCGGGUGAGGGGGCAAAAUCUAGCAAACUCACCGAGUUGCCCAACUGAGUUGAGCCUCAGUUGGGCUCAAACUUGCAAUUCUUCUGCCUCAACCUCCCAGAGAGUGGUAGCAUGUGCUACCACAUCCAGUUUCAUUUUUGCUGCUUUUAUCACUGGUUUAUCUCAAGCCAACCAUAGCUAUUGCCUUUUUGUUUUGUUUCAAUUUUUCAACUUCAUUGGCAGUUUCCUAAGCAAAAAUGGCAAGAUCACCAUUCUCAAGUGCUGCCUAGAUCUCGUCUCUUCCACUGACAGAAUAUGUGACCAUCCAGGUUCUCCACACGCCCCAGGGUCAGGAUUUGUGCAUCUUGUGCCUGGUGACUGCUUAACAGCUCUGCACAAAGCCUGCUUGCUCCUUGUAAGUGACCUGGGGGCCAAAUGGGCGAGGAGACUGUCCUCUAGAGGUGUGGGCCAGAAGCUUCCCCAUGCAGUGCUGGGUGUCAGGGCAGGGACUGAGAGGCAUGUUUGGUAAUUCUGUCUCAGAGGGAAGGGAUGCAGGGCUGGUCAGGGAGCUGGGUGAAGCAGGGCUCAUAGCUUCUGGGCCGGACACACAGAUGCACUCCCUAAUGAAAAGCCCGUGCUCCCCAGAUUGAGAACUGAUAUGGAUGGGGCAGUUUGUCUAAGGAAUCAAAUACUGUACCACUCAUGACUGCAAAGAAGGUAUGCGUAGCCUGCAGAAGUAAAUUCUAAGAAACAGGCAUGAAUUUCUCGUCACCCUUAGCCCUUCCCUUGCCCUGCUUUUCUCCACACCUCCCAACUGCAGGCUCUUUGUAGUAGGAACAGCCACCAGCCAUGUUUAAAGACUUAGAGAUCAGUGGCAAUCUUCCUCUAUUGGGAGCCUUUUGAGGGCCCUUACUUAGCAUCCUAGAACUAACGAACUGAACCCAGACCCUAAAUGUGGCCCGUGGUUACCAAGCCCUUUAAAUGUAAAAUAUGUGUGUUCUACAAAAACCUGCUUAAGGUUGGUCAUAGUUCUUUCCCUAUCCUGAGUGCUUCAUACUCUGGGGGAUUUUUAUGGAGCCUCAGCAAUCAAGAAUCUUCUAAUCCUGGGCUACCCUUGGUGUUUGUACUUACUCCAGAGCCAUUUGCUGUCUAACCACCCACUACACAGUCACUGGUCACAGUGUUUAGACAAGAAUGUACAGCUCUUAUGCAGCCUGUGGGUCUGAUCAGAGGGAGAGAAACUCCAUGCAGAAGAGAACUCACCCUGAGUCACCCACAGUCAUUGUUCGGUGAAUGUCCAUGGCCCUGCGAAAGCAGAGGAUAUCGAAGGGCCAUGUGUGCUGUAUAAACCAAAGACUGAUCGCCAUCCAGAUGGACACAUUUCUUCCAUCAACCAGCUGAAUUUUCUCCUAAUGUUCUCACAAAUGAAAGUGAACAUGGGUCUCGUGGUUGCAUGAAACCUGAGGGGGUUUUCAUUUGCAGGCUGUUCACUGACCUUACUAAAGCCAGAAAUCUCAAAUAAGUAAACUGUGGCCUUAGUACCACACGAUUUCAAAAGCCCAGUGGUUAGCCCCCUUUUUCUUCAAAACUUUCAGACAAGUCUAGUGCUUUGUUGAACUCUUGUUUUGUUCUCUUUGAGAAUGUGAAGAUUUUAAAUAGCCAAAGAAUUUUCAUGUAUAAGAGCUAGCUCAAUUGUAGUAUAUCGUGCUCUCUGAAGAAAAUACCAAACUGUUGCCUACUGAUAGACAGCAGAGCGAUUAAACAAUGGCUAGCGUGGAUUCAGCAGUCUGAAUUUGAGUUGGCCUCUACGGGACUCACGUUUAGUAAAUGUUAUUGAAAGGUGAACAGCACCCCCUACUGGAAUAAUCCCAUUCUUCCAGCAAAUCAGUUUUUACUUGGGUCAUCAUUUCUUCAACUCAUUUGCCUUUUAUCAUACAGUUUUCUGCAUCAUUAAGAACUUGGUCUAUGUUUAUCAAAAGAGCAAAGAAUGUCACUAACUCUGAAGAGUUGAAAGAGACCUCACAAAAGAGCUCCAGCCCUUUUUUCUGCAAAAUGUUGACACACACUAUUGCUCUGCAAAGAGUUCCGGGCUGAAAUACGUGUGAUGAGUUAUAAGCAGAGGUCGGCUUGAUGUGUAGCUUAUCUUGGCUUUCUUCUUGUGAAAUCACAAAGAAGAUCAAUAAAAAGGACUUCUUCUUUCAUAUGAAUGUAAAUGGUGUGAAAUGCUGAUGUGUUUUGUACAUGUACAUAAUAUAUUUACUUCCUGCUUUCACGUUAGUAAUCUGAGAUAGUUGUACCAUUUUAUAAUUAGAGUUUUAGGGGUGGGAGAGGUUAGAAGGGGCUGUUAUUUUUAUAGUGGGAUGUUCCUUAUAUUUAGAAAAUUUGAAGUAAUUUUGUAUUUGUGAAAAGUUACAUUCCAUCCAUUUCCUUUUCAAAAAUAAACCGAUAUUGUUUCUUAAAGUGUUCACAAGCUUGGAGGAGGAUGAUUCUAGUUUCCAGGGGAGUCUCCCAAGUAGUACGUAUGUGACGCCAAUUUUGUAGACUGCAGACCAGAACCAGCAAAUGCCAGUUUUUUAAAAAAUGUGACAAAAAAACUAACUUACACGAACACUUUUGUAGAGCACAGCAUUAUUUCCCACUGGAAAAGAAAGUCUGCAAAGAAUGUAAUUUACAGUUAUAAAACUAGCAGUCCCGACAUCAUAAAUCAAUCUCUGGCAUCUCCCUGCUAACAAGGGGGAAAUCCAGUGGCUUCAUUUUGCUUUCCUAACAUGAAUUAUGAGGAAGGAUGCUGUCACAGUUGGUAUUUUACUUAGCUUCCCCAAAAGCUGUCUCUGGCCAGUCUGCAGGUAAUAAAUACGAUGGCUCCGUCUCGGCAUUGUUCGUCUCCACCAUGGUCACAUCACAGCAUUGAUUCUUUUGCCGCCUGACCCCAGAGAUCAUCAAAAGCUACUCCCAAUGAUAUCUGCAUGGGGAGUUUUGAAUUUGGGCUGUGGAGAACUCUUGAUUAUUGAAAUAAUGUAGUAGCAAAUGAUACAGUCAUUUCACCACAUCACUUUCUGUACAAAAGUCACGUGCACAUUUAAAGAAUUAGUUAAGGCAGUGUGUGUGUCCGAUUUUUUUCGGUGUAAGUCUUUCUCUUCCUCCACCUCAGGCACCAACUCUGGUCCUUUCAAAGCACUUUAUAUCUCUUAAAAAUACAAAGAAAUUUGAAAACAAAACCUGUCUUUAAAGGAAUUUAUCUUCUAUUAGAAGACACAGACUUUUAUUUUUGCUUUCUUCUGUUUUCUACGUGUUUGGAGAGCAUAAACUGUUUUUGUCUCAUACCGGGCUAGCAAUGCAACAUUGAGGAUGACAGUUGGAAACAUUCAAUUGUACAACAUGACUAUUUUUGUUAUAUAGAAGACUAUCAUGUAAAUAGUGCAAUGGUGUUCUUCUGUAUGGUUAAAAAAAUAUAUUGCAACUCUAAAGAUUUUAACACAAGGAUUGUGAAUUCCAGGAAAUUUCACUGCAAAAUUUUGUUUGGUUUUGUUUUGUAAUAAAAUAGAGCCAAAUGGU